AGCGUACCUUCGAACACAAAAAAAGACGGCAGCAUGGCAGCCCAGACAGGAACUAUGAUGUCUUCGGGCUCCCUCUGCACGUCAGGCAGGCAGCAGAACGUCGUGCAGGCCCUGUUCGGAAGACCUGUUCAAGGCCAAGCAUCUCGAUCACCUUUCAGAAGCGCCAGGGAUGUGGUCGAGAAGCGGGCUUCAAGGGGUCUCAAAGUCCAGGCUGUAGCGAUUGUGGAGAAGGCAGCUGCAUCAGCUCCCCCAAAGAGCCAAUACGAGCUCUACACCUUGACGACAUGGCUGUUGAAGGAGGAGAUGAACGGCACAUUGGACGGAGAGCUGGCCACCGUGCUGAGUUCCAUUGCCACCGCUUGCAAGCAGAUCGCUUCCCUGGUCACCCGGGCAGGCAUCUCAAACCUCACGGGCCUGGCUGGCGCUGCCAACAUCCAGGGCGAGGACCAGAAGAAGCUGGACGUCAUCAGUAACGAGGUGUUCUGCAAUGCGCUGCGCGCGAGUGGCCGCACCGGCGUCAUCGCCUCUGAGGAGGAGGACCUGCCCGUGUCUGUGGAGGAGACCUACUCUGGCAACUACGUGGUGGUGUUUGACCCGCUGGACGGCUCUUCCAACAUCGACGCGGGCAUCUCCACGGGCUCCAUCUUUGGCAUCUACGCGCCCAGCGAGGAGUGCUCCAUCGGCGACAUGGACAACCCGGAGAAGAUGUUGGAGAACUGCAUCCUCAAUGUCUGCCAGCCUGGCUCCUCCCUCCUGGCCGCCGGCUACUGCCUCUACUCCUCCUCCACCGUCUUUGUGCUCACCGUCGGCACCGGCGUAUACGGCUUCACCUACGACAGCAUCGUGGGCGAGUUCGUGCUGUCCCACCCCAACAUGAAGGUGCCUGAGAGCGGCAAGAUCUACGCGUUCAACGAGGGCAACUACUGCGCGUGGGACCAGGGCCUCAAGGACUACAUCAACUCCCUCAAGGACGGCUCCAACUUCCAUGGCCAGCCCUACUCAGCCAGGUACAUUGGGUCGCUGGUGGGUGACUUCCACCGGACGCUGCUGUAUGGAGGCAUCUACGGGUACCCAGGGGACAGCAAGAACAAGACCGGCAAGCUGCGCCUGCUCUACGAGUGCGCGCCCAUGUCCCUCAUCAUGGAGCAGGCUGGCGGCAAGGGGUCAACGGGCGUUCAGCGUGUGCUGGAGGUGUGCCCAGAGGCUGUGCACCAGCGCGUGCCCCUCUUCAUCGGCUCCCCCAAGGAGGUCGAUUACCUCGAGAGCUUCUGCAAGUAGGCCUCAGCGGCCCCUUCUGAGCACUGCACGCGCUGAAUAUGUUGAGCACCGAUCAGCCCCUUGGCGCCUCAGCAUCAUAUAAUCUUGCUGUGCGUCAGCCAGCAAGAAUGAGGGAUCGUGCCAGCGUGAAGGAUGCUGCGCGGCAUGUGCGUGCUGUGCCAGCUGCUCAUGUGCCGGCCUCGUCAGGAUUGCUAGUGUCAGCAUUCAGGUUGAGAGCUUUCACUCCCCCUCGUGAUAGCGGUGAGAUAGCCUGGUGGCUGAGAGUCACUGACAUUUUUUGCCGCACCUGGCGGGUAAGUUGUGUUUCCAUGGACCAGCAAAUUCCUGUGUUGACUGAGCCUCGGGAUAAGUCUGGUGGGAGAUAAUCGUCUGGGAACGAGCUUUGUCCUAGCAAGCUGACCCUAAUCAGAAAUUAUAAGCUUACGCCUGUUUCGAGAAGACUUUCGUGAGAUUGCAGUUUAGAGUAUCAAGAGAAGAGCACCUGAAAUGACAGCAAGGAAACGUUUAAACAUAGCUGCAGAAUAGUACGGCCUGUAAUGCAGAUCAUUAUC